CACGAAGGACGAAGGAUGUGACGCUCACGGUGCCUUGUUGUACACAUUCACAAAAAUCUUGAGGGGUAUUGUCUCGGCGGUCUUUUGUCUCAGUAAAGACACAGGCUUCUAAUCCUGACGUUUCAGCAACCCUGGUGAAGCCUGAUACUCUCCAGUGAACAGUGUGGCUGGCUGUCACAAGGACCUGCUGGUGGGGACUGAGUGAACAAGCCAGCGUAAAAGGAUGAGCGGGGCCGCACUGGGAAUAGAGAUCGUGGUGGUGUUCUUCCUCGCGCUCUUCCUCCUGCAUCGCUAUGGUGACUUUCGCAAACAGCAGCGAAUGGUGCUGUUUGGCACACUGCUGGCUUGGUAUUUAUGCUUUCUCAUCGUCUUUAUCCUUCCACUGGACGUCAGCACGACAAUUUACAGGCAGUGCAAGAAGGAUAAUGAGGAACGAAUGGCGAUGCUGGCCGUAACUGCAGAGUUUUCUAAUCAGACAGCUGCCAAUUCUUCUGUUUUGCCGACUAAAAGUUCUCCAAAGGUGUGUUACAAGCCUUGGAGCUAUAUUCCAGAUGGAAUCAUGCCUGUAUUCUGGCGUGUGGUUUAUUGGACCUCUCAGUGUCUCACCUGGCUCCUGCUGCCCUUCAUGCAGUCCUACGCUCGAUCUGGGGGCUUCUCCAUCACUGGGAAGAUUAAGACUGCCCUCAUAGAAAAUGCCAUCUACUAUGGCACCUAUCUGCUUAUCUUUGGCUCCCUGCUCAUCUAUGUGGCCGUGCAUCCACAGUGGCAGCUGUCAUGGUAUGAGCUACAGACGAUUGGCAUCACAGCAGCCAACACCUGGGGGCUCUUCUUACUGGUUUUGCUGCUGGGCUAUGGUCUGGUGGAGAUCCCACGCUCCUACUGGAAUGCUUCUCGCCGAGGUCACCUGCUACUCAAGACCUACUUCAAAGCCGCCAAGUUGAUGACUGAGAAGGCAGAUGCUGAGGAAAACCUGGAGGAUAUCAUGGAGGAGGUGAGAAAGGUCAGCGAGUCUAUUAAGUACAACCACCCACUGAGGAAGUAUGUUGACACCAUCCUUAGGAAGUGUCCUGUGGACUACCAAGAGAAGAUGGGCAGAAACAUGGAUGACUACGAGGAUUUUGAUGACAAGCAGAACACCUAUCCCAGUGAAAGAAGCCUAGAGAAGUUGCAUAAGCAGGUAAUAUAUGCUGUGCAACGGCACAACCGAACCCGGGUCCAGUGGCAGAUUCUACUAGAUCAGGCAUUGCACCUUGAAGAUGUGGCCAAGAAUGAGACCAGUUCCACGCACCAGUUUGUCCACAGCUUCGCCCCUGCUGAACCUCCCAGCUGGUUCAGCCGAUAUGUCUACACUCCCACUGUAGAGUGGUACUGGGAGUGUCUGCUCAAGCAGUGGUUCUACCGGCUUCUGGCCGUGGUCCUGUCCCUGUUCUCCGUGGCCGUGGUCUGGUCUGAGUGCACCUUCUUCAGCACCCGGCCUGUUCUCUCACUUUUUGCUGUCUUCAUCCAGCUGGCUGAGAAGGACUACAACUACCUGUACAUAGAGAUGGCGUGUUUCAUCACCAUCUUCUUCCUGUGCACCUGCGUGUACUCCACGGUGUUCCGCAUCAGAGUCUUCAAUUAUUACUACCUGGCUUCUCAUCACCAGACUGAUGCCUACAGCCUGCAGUUCAGCGGCAUGCUUUUCUGCCGUUUGACCCCGCCCCUCUGCUUGAACUUUCUUGGUCUGAUCCACAUGGACUCUGCCAUCUCACACCAGCAGAAGGAGCAGACAGCUUAUACUUCUAUCAUGGGGUCCAUGCGUGUUCUCUCGUUUAUUGCCAAUGGCUUCUACAUUUACUACCCUAUGCUCAUCGUCAUCCUGUGUAUCGCCACCUACUUCAGCCUCGGAACUCGCUGCCUGAACCUUCUGGGCUUCCAGCAGUUCAUGGGUGAAAACGACAUGACCUCUGACCUGAUUGAUGAGGGAAAAGAACUUAUACGACGAGAGAAAAGAAAACGUCAAAGGGUAGAAGAUGGAGAGAACAGACGCAGAGAAUGGAAGGAGCGCUAUGGGAACCAGCGUGAUGAUUACGUGACCAGAAAUAGGAACACUCACUCUGAAUUAAAGGAGACCAAUUAUGGUGACACGAUGAAUGCCAGUGCAAACAGGCAGGCCAGGUAUUCUCGGCCCAGCAACCGCUCAGGGGACAGGGACCGGAUCGAGCUGCUGCAGGAUGCUGAGCCGCUGGACUUCAACGCUGAGAUGCUGUCUGACGAUCCACUGGAGUCUGAGUCUGGAAGGCAUGCUGGGGGACGCUAUCUGUCCAUGUCUUCAUCCCGCAGCCGUAUCUUUGAUGACGUGUGAGGUUGGAGCUGCGAGUGGAGGGAGAAACAAAGACAGGCCACUUGUCCUCCUGCUUCUCUCUUAAUUUGUUUAGGAGGCUGGCGUCUCUGGCCUUUGACCACUGUCCUCCAGUGAAUGUAGCGUUUUACCUCUUCCAUGUACACGUGGAUCUGAUGUUUUGAGACUUCACAACAAUUCAACGAUCAGUGAUCUCCCCCACAAAAUUCUGCAGCUAAACAUAACAUACUACAAGCAAAUCUCUUCGAAACCGUAACUGUAUGAAGGCUGUUAAAAUUUGGGUUUUGUUUACAAGACAUCCAAGUUUUCAGGGAAAAAAUGACGAUAGAAAAGUGAAUCCGAAUUUGGAAAAGUAAAUCCAUUUUAAUAUUAUUGAAUCUUGUCCUAAAAUAGUGUUCUUCCGUAACACUUCUAGUAUUAUUCACAGAGGAAUGUUUGAAAAUGGAAAAUGUGCAUGUUUCCCGAAGUGAGAAAUUCAGCAAAGUUGUACAAUUUCCUCCGACUUUCGCAGCCAACUGGUGAUCCUCAGUGGUAAGAUGAGUGACGCAAGGCCACUUUUUAUUUAACAAAAGGCUUUCUGAACCUCUAUUUAUUUAUUGUACAUAAAUCUGUAUAUAGUAAUAUGGGGAUAACUUAUAUAAGUAUCUCCCCCUCUAAAAUCUGCAUUGAUUAAUUCUGUGCGUUCAGAGGCACAUUGUUCAUUGUGCUGUAGCUUGUGUUUAUGUCCAAUGAAUGAAGUUAUCACUUUGCACACUUGGAGAUUCUCUCCUUUAUAAACACUGAGAAAUAGCGGUGCGUUUUCUUUUUAUUUGCCAAGUAACUGGCUGUGGAUUUCGGCGCAUGACACACUAUGAGCUAACUGUAUGACACGGGUACUAGCUGAUACAAUAGCAGAUCUGCAUUUCUAAAACAGCACAUAUUGUGGAGCACUGAGGUAAAACCUCUGAAAUGUGCAGGCCAGAGCUUUGAGCUGAGGUAUCAUCUUUGCUUUCAAAUGAUUUGUUUGUUUGUCUUUCAUCUUUGGUUGUGACAGCAGAUGCUAUUUGUAAUAUUUGAAUAUAGUAAUUGUAAAAUUCUAGUUUCCUAGUACUUUGGACAAUAGUGAAUGAUGCAGCUCAUAGUAUUUAUGACUGGUAAGUGCCCAUUAUUUACUUUUUAAAAAAUUUUUGUAUAAAAACCAACUACGUUACAUGGUAAUCAGUCUUUUUAUUUAGGUUUAAAUCCUGAAUAAAUGUCCUACCUUCUCCCAGUGUGAACUCUGGGGAAAUUCAUAGUUUUACAUGUCAGAAAUCACUUGUUUAUAGAAUGACACACCCAACUGUGACGGAUCCAAAUCUGACUUUACGAAAGCAGAACACACAGAUUUUGUUCUGGUUUUGUGUUAUAUACUGAACUACUUUAAAAAGUGUCCUUUUGAGAAGAAUGAGGCGUCUUUAAACUGAUUUAAUCAAUGUUACCGGUAACACAAAUUCCUACUCCCUGUCUGCUCCGCUAAAAGCAGGUGCACCUCCAAGAGCCACACGCCGAUUGUGACACGGAAGGUGUUAGUUUUUUGUUAAUCUGUUUGGAUGACUGUUUCAAUGUUGGACAUAUUGCUGCAGCCAACAGUCUUCAUUGGCUGGAUUUGCACUAAAAUCUCAUCUGAAGCACAUCGAAAGGUUGCUGGACCACAAAUGAAGAGCUGUGGUCUGUCUGCCUUUUGCGGUGGCCAGUUGUAGACUAAACUUGCCUGGUGUUUUCUGGGUCAAGGUUUGCAAGGUGGGGUUUGGGUUUGUACUGUCAUGACUGGAAACACUGUAAUGUGUCAAUUGUGUACAUUUAUUUAUAUGAAUAUUUUAGUAGUAGAGGAUUGUUUGCAACAGAGAAGGUUCUCAAAGGUAACUGUUGCAAAACGUAAGAUGUUUUUAUGGCCCUAGUUCACUUCCUUGUCUUUAAUGUGCAAUGGGAACGAUUUCAGUCUUUCUUUGACUGGCCUCAUAAAAAAAUCAUUCAUCAGUCUGAAAAUAUGAGGGCUUCAUUUUAAAUAUGUAAGGAUAUUGCUGCAACAAGGUUUGCAUUGUGUCCUGUAUCUUUUGUUAGGUGACUUGUUACAAGAACUGAGUUGGAUUAGCUUUCAUGAAGUUUUGGGUUUGGUGAGAAAUCACUCGUGUAUUAAUUGUACAUGUGAAAUGUUCAUGUUUUCACCACUGGAUCUUUUUACAUGGUAUUUUCCUACGUUAUGUGGUACAGAAACACACACGACUAACCAAUAAAUUGUAUUUUUAUCAGUUCAGCUUUUUGUUCUUAAAUCCUUGGUUUUUUUUUUUUAUAUUUGUGCUGUUUGCAGCUGUGGAGGGAUCAGGCUGUUGUGGUGUGUUUCUGUACCUGCUGUCUGUUUUGUGCUCAAUUUUUCACGAGUUAUUAAUAAAAUGAUUAUUUCUCUGGUGUGUGUUCAACAAAGCCUCAAAUCUAAUAUUAAAGUUGAACACUCAGAACCCUCUCUGUUUAAAUGACAGUCCUCUGCUCGUUUAAGUAGAAAAAAAGUUAUAUGAUAUUCGGUGGUAUUUUGUUCUGUUGAUGUUCACCUGUUUGACGCCGGAAUGCUGUAAUUAUCUUAAUGGUUUCUAUUCUAUGUAUCUUAAAUGUGGCAAGUAACCAUGUACACAAAUGUGCUGCGACCAAAUUAAAAUACUGUAA